GUGCAGUGCCGGGCGGGCUCCACCCACGUGCGGCGGCGCCGCGCGAGCGGGCGGCGGGGCGAGCACACAUCCCGCACGUAGCCGGCGUAUUAAUCAGCGCGGGGCCAUCUGCCGCCUCGGCCCAUAACCCGGGCGGGGGUUGCCGGGCGGCGUUCCCACACGGCCCCGGGGGGGGGGGGGGUCCCGUACGGUGCCUUCGGCGGCGGUAGCAGCAGCAGCGCGGGGCUCCGGCAGCACCGCCGGGCUCCGGCAGCACCGCCGCCCCCGCGUUGCCGGAGCGCAGCCGUAACCCAUCCCGCCGCGGCGAAAAGUUUUGCUUUGCCUCGCCUCGCCUGGCCCCGCGCCGCGGGGGAGCCCCUGCCCGGCUCGGCCUGGAGCCGGCGGGCAUCGCCUCCCGACGCGGGCGCCGGCAGGGCAGCGGCGCGCCCGUCCCCGCAGCGCCAUGCCGCUGGGGCACAUCAUGAGGCUCGACCUGGAGAGAAUCGCCCUGGAGUACGUCGUGCCAUGCUUGCACGACAUCGGCUUCUGCUACCUGGACAACUUCCUGGGGGAGGUGGUGGGGGACUGCGUGCUGGAGCGGGUGAAGCGGAUGCACCGCGACGGGGAGCUGGCCGACGGGCAGCUGGCCGGCCCCAGCCGCGGCGUCGCCAAGCGGCACCUCCGCGGCGACCAGAUCAAGUGGAUCGGGGGCACGGAGGAGGGCUGCGAGGCCAUCAACUUCCUCCUCACGCUGAUAGACCGGCUGGUGAUGUACUGCGGGAGCCGGCUCGGCAAGUACUACGUGAAGGAGCGAUCCAAGGCUAUGGUUGCUUGCUAUCCUGGAAAUGGAACUGGGUAUGUUCGUCACGUGGACAAUCCAAAUGGCGACGGGCGCUGCAUCACCUGUAUUUAUUACCUGAAUAAGAACUGGGACUCCAAGCUGCAUGGUGGAAUUCUUCGGAUAUUCCCAGAAGGAAAGUCCUAUGUAGCAGAUGUUGAGCCGAUUUUUGACCGAUUACUUUUUUUUUGGUCAGAUCGAAGGAACCCACAUGAAGUCCAGCCUUCUUAUGCAACCAGAUACGCCAUGACGGUGUGGUAUUUUGAUGCCGAAGAAAGAGCAGAAGCCAAAAAAAAGUUCAGGAACUUAACCGAUGCAAGGAAGAGAGAAGCACCUUUUAAUGAAGACUAACUGUUCCUGAACUCUUUUGUGAGGAAAUAAGAUCCCAAAGAUGACUUCCAUUUCCAGCAAAUGAGGGCAAAUUCUUGUUAUGCACAAGAACGCACUGGCUGUGUCUAGCAUGCGCAUCUUAUAUUGAUGGUACUUAAGGCAGCCUCCUGUCAUGCCUGCAUCUGGCAGAAGGAACGCUUGUUUUCUAUUUGCCUUUUGCUGGAAAAAGUAACCAGGGUUUAAAAAAAAAAAAAGAGUAUCACUAAGCCUUGUGGUAGUGACUCAGCUGACUGGCUUUUGAUCACUCUUGUGACCAAGAUAAUGAUCAUUGGAACUAGCGGUAAAAACCUGAGUCUUAUUUGCACUUUAUGGGGGCGGGGAGGGGGAAAUCUAGCUCAAUGGGAAGGAGCUUUACAAGUUUUAAAAUCUGUGGCAGACUGCUGAUGGGUGAGGAGAGGUAUUGGAAAUGUGAAAUUGAACUGGAUUUUUGUAGUGUGUCAUCUUAUGGGCCUGUCGAUGUACUGUUCAUCACUUUGCUGUGCAGAAUGUUGGCUCAGCUCUUCGACAGCAGGACUUUCCAAACAGAUUUUUGUCUAGUCAUCGCAUUUCCUGGAUUUUCUUGCUUUUUCAAGAGUCAAGUUCUAGCCGUGCAGUUGUGCUGCCCUUUCUGUCCCAGGACUGAGGGGGGGAGUAGUUAUGCAUCUGUCCACAACUUUGUAAAACCAUUUCUUUUCUGUUCUGAGCGGGAUGGGUUGUACGUUUUCUAUUUUCAAAGUUCGGUAAAGCAGCUGUUUUCUCCCCAAAGUUUGGUAAACUUGGAAGGCUGAUGGCAUGCAAUGCAUUGGCACUAAAGGCCAAUGAUGCGUAGAGCUAAGUGGUAUUUAUGUGACUUCAUCUACUAUGUUUUGUAUGACACAGAUAUGAAUCUGAAAGGAAAAUAUGUGUCUGGCAGUCUGACAAAUGUAUGAUAAACAAUGGGUAACUUAGACUUGAUUUCUAUGCUGCUUAUCCUUAGUUAACACACUUAUUUAACUUUGCAUGCGUAUGUAAUUUGAAUGAAACAGCGAUUCCGUUUCAAUUGAUGUGUUACACCAGGUAACUACUUCUGCUGUGCCCAAGCCAUGAGAUUAGAUUUAUUCAAAUGGCAAAGCACGUUUUUUUUUCUCCUUUUUCUUUUUAAAAACUUAUGAGACUCAGUGAGUAACUGGUGAGCUACCUCCAGUCUACCUGAGCUUCUAGAACCAGCACUUACUAUGCAGUUCAGAAUAGCUCUUAAUGAAGCUGGGAGCUGGUGGUGGAUGUAUUUAUCGCUCACACUAAUUAUUCUCAACCUAAUACACUCACUUGCAUUCAAUUUUUUUGUCUCAUGUUGUCAGCGUGUAUGUCGGACCCCACUAAAUGUUCCGUAUAGAUGCCCUUUGUGGUUUCCCAUAUUUUCGCAUGCCGCCCGCCCGCGGUGGUGAAGGUGGGCUGUCUGAGCCGCCGGCCCCUGCACCAGUUCCAUGCUGUGCUGGGCUCCCAUGCUAGCGAUGGGUCUGCGGGCUGGCUCUGGCGCGCUUGAGCUAGGGAAUGACAAGGUAGCAGCCAUGGCAGCUAUUAAACAUCAGUGACAGAAGGGCAACAGCUGCAUGGAACAGAAAAGAAAUAACUUUUGUGACAUAAAAAAAUAACAGAAAUGGAGUAUUUUUUUAAGCAGUUCUGUCUUAAAAAAAAUACAAACAACCAAGCAAAACCAAAUCCUAAAAACUGGGCAUCCUUCAGCCUGUCUUUGAAUUCUGAAUGUAACUACAGUAGUCCUAAGAAAUCCCUUGUUCUCCCUGGCUUCUCCCAGAGAUCCAGCGAUGGUCUUAUGGGCUGGACUUUGUUCAGCCUGACCACUGUGCACCUUAAGAGAGGAAUAUGAGGGAACAUGUGUGACAAAUAUUCUUAUAACUCAAGACUACAAAAAGACAAAUAAUCACUUAAAUGUCCUUUAAUGUUAGGAAAAACAUUAUUCCACUACAGUUGCUUCUAAGUAGCACGACAUAGACUUGAAGGUAACUUGAUAUUUGCGUUCUGCAAUGUUCAUGUGGGAGGAGAAAGAUUUAGGGCUCUUCCCUGAGAGUGAGAGGUAACCCUUUGAAAGAUGGUAGGUGUUGAGGAAAAAAAAAAGGGGGGGGACACACAAAGGAUUAUUAUUUAAAAAGGGGGGGAAGGAACCAAACCUGUUGUAUUGCUAUGCAAAGUUGAUAAUGGCACAUAAAUCUGAAACUCCUACAUGAUUUUAAAGGGGACAAAGACAGCUGAACCAGAGCAGAGCAAAGCUUGCUUUGCCUUUAGAAACUGUAACCUUAAAAAAAAAAAAAUGCACUAGAAAGAGAUGUUAGUACACAUCUCACUGGAGCCUAGAACAGUGGAAAAACAAUGGGGUGGGAGGGGAAAGGCUUUAUGUAAAGGUUGAAAAAGAAAGGUACUUCAGUUACCUCUAUUGCUACCACCUGGCUUCAGUGGUGGUCAGCAGCACGUGGAUGGAGUAUGGAGCAGUACAGGUGCAUUUAUUGUAAAUAGAGUACAUAUUUUCAUUUUUAGCCAAUAUCUUCCUGAUCCAGGUAGAGGAGAGAACAAUUAUUCUCUGUCAGAGAGCAUUGUCUUUUUCUUUAUUAACACAUAUAAUUAAGAUCAAAAAAGUUGAGGGUGCAGGGGUUUGAAACCGGUUCCUCAUUUCUCUGUUCCAGCCCUUUACCCCGUUUCCCGGUCAGUGGGAUGAUCUCCUCAAAGAUGCUGUAGUUUAACUGGGGGAGUGGGUGGGGUGUUGGUUGUGUAGGAAUGCACAGGCUGGAUGUUUUCUACACAGAUUUCUCUUGCCUGUCUCUGGAAUUGUUGCAAACUGCUCUACAAGAAUGAAAUUGUCUGGGGGAAGCAGGCUGUUGCAGUAGGGAGGGCAUUUCAAGGAGACUCUUUCCUUUCCUUGGGUGUUGUCUUCAUGGCGAACUGUUUGAGCCAUCGAUGGCUAAACAGGACUUGCCACCCAGUUGUGAAAAAGAGUGUUUUCUCUAAGGCAUUUAACUUUUAGUCCUCCGAAAGUUUUACUGGGUUUUUUCAACCUUUCAGUAAUGUGCCUUCAUCAUUCAUAUCUGUGAAGAUGUUACAUGCCACAUGUGUGUCAUGCAAGUUUUUCAUGGCUCUUUAAGAAAUACAAUUGCCUUUCCAAAUGCAAUUGCAUUGGAAAAAUAUGCAGAACUACCAAGCCACAAUUUCCAACAGGUGGGUUUUGUUGUGCAGGGAGAAGAAAGGCCAGGAGAGAGUACUGAAAAUCAAGAGACUAUUUUUAUUCUUAAACCUGUAACCACUGGCCUUUUGAGCGAGGUAGCCUCUAAUAAAUCAUAUUUUCUCUAGAUUACUUCUGGUUCUAUGAGGAAUGGCCUCUGCAAAGUAGUGUCUGAAAAGAUUUUUUUUUCCUUCUUUUUCCUUCUCCUUAAACAGUUUUAGUCCUUUCCUACUGAGUUUUUAAAAUGUUGGAAUAUAUUAAUAUGUAUUUGUUGUUGUUAUUGCAAAAUAGCUGGCUCUAACACCACUUGCAUCUAGAAGAAAAUGUAUCUAUUUGCAGGCAAAUAACUAGUUCUACUUUGUGCUGUACUCCCAGCAGAUAAUCUGAGAGCGAGUUAUGACUACAUCUUCUCUUGUCAGGUUGUAUGCUGGUCAACAAUGCUGGCACUUUGCAUCAGAUUGAUAUAGAAACCCCUAGUAGUAUGUUACCAUACAUCACAUUUUGUGUUAAUGUUACUGUUAAAAAAAAUAAAAUGUGGCAGGAGUCAAUAAACACUGGGUCAUGUUAA